AUGUUCGCGGCAGCCACCAAGAACUUUGUGAAGCAGGUGGGUGACACAGGCCGUCUGAUCCCGGUGCCCAGCCUGAGCGAAGCCGACCGCUACCAGCCGCUCAGCCUGGUGACCCGGAAGAGGAGACGCCGCUUCUUCAGGAAGAACAAGUACGGCUCCACGCCCUUCUCCCUCAAGGACAUCCUCAUAGGAGAGAAGGAGAUCACCGCAGGUGUGUCGUCCUAUCAGCUGCUGAACUACGAGGACAAGUCGGAUGUGGCGUUGAACGGUCGCCUAGGUAACCACCUGAUAAAUGAUGUGGGCUUCAACAUCAGCGGAUCGGACUCAGUGGCCGUGAAGGCAUCUUUUGGCAUCGUCACCAAACAUGAGGUGGAGGUCCCCACUCUACUCAGGGAGCUCAACAACAGGAAAGUGGACCUGGACCACUGUCUGAUCCGCCAGUCUAAGGAGAGUGGUAGAACAGUGCUGUGUGUUGUCAUGGAAAGCAUACGCACCACACGACAGUGCUCUCUCACUGUACACGCCGGGAUGAGGGGCACUACAAUGAGGUUCCAGAUAGAAGACGGGCGCAACCCUAAGGGUCGGGACAAAGCCAUCGUCAUCCCAGCUCACACCACCAUCGCAUUCAGCGUCUUUGACCUGUACGUGCGACUGGAUGGGCGGCUAGACAUCUGCGUGGCUCCGGAGUCUAGUGGUGGUUUUGAGCGAGAGCAGAUUAGAGAGCAGCUGGGUGGCUUCAUCGGCCGCUUCUCCAUGGGACGACUACGCAGAUUCUUCUCUGGCAUCAUAUACGGAAACCCAUUCAGGACAGACGACCGCACGUUCGAGGAGCUGACCCACUCGGACACGUUCCUGGACGACGUGGCGACGGCGGACUACUACGAGAAGUCGGCCAGCAUGACGGACAUCUCCACCACCACGGCGUACCUGCGCGAGAACAGCAACCACACGCGCGUCAACCUGCUCAACCACAACCUGCCCAAGGGGCCCUGCGCCCUGUGCGGCAUGGGCCAACAGCGGAGGGAGACCGUCUACGGCUGUCUGGAGUGUUCAAGCGGCGGGAAUAAGUACGUCAGACUGCACGCCGUGCCCUGUUUCGACCUCUGGCACAAGACUCUACGCUGA